CGUCAUCGUCCUCAUGCUGGCCUGCUUGUGCUGUAAGAAGGGCGGCAUCGGGUUCAAGGAGUUUGAGAAUGUGGAGGGGGAAGAGUAUGCGGCCGACUUCUCGGUGCAGGGCUCCCCGGCUGCGGCGGCACAGAACGGGCCCGACGUGUACGUCCUGCCGCUCACCGAGGUCUCCCUGCCCAUGGCCAAGCAGCCGGGGCGCUCAGUGCAGCUUCUCAAGUCCACGGACCUGGGCCGGCACAGCCUGCUCUACCUGAAGGAGAUCGGCCACGGCUGGUUCGGGAAGGUGUUCCUGGGGGAGGUGAACUCGGGCGUGAGCAGCGCGCAGGUGGUGGUCAAGGAGCUGAAGGCCAGCGCCAGCGUGCAGGAGCAGGUGCAGUUCCUGGAGGAGGCGCAGCCUCACAGGGCCCUGCAGCACAGCAACCUGCUCCAGUGCCUGGCGCAGUGCGCCGAGGUGACGCCCUACCUGCUGGUGAUGGAGUUCUGCCCGCUGCUGCUGGUGACCCGCUGCGCUCCCCGUCGGCAGGGAGACCUCAAGGGUUACCUGCGGAGCUGCCGGGUGACAGAGUCCAUGGCCCCUGACCCCCUGACCCUGCAGCGCAUGGCCUGCGAGGUGGCCUGUGGCGUCCUGCACCUGCACCGCCACAACUACGUGCACAGCGACUUGGCCCUGCGGAGCUGCCUGCUCACGGCCGACCUGACGGUGAAGCUCGGCGACUACGGCUUGUCCCACUGCAAAUACAGAGAAGACUACUUCGUGACCGCAGACCAGCUGUGGGUGCCGCUGCGCUGGGUCGCGCCUGAGCUGGUGGACGAGGUGCACGGCAACCUGCUCGUGGCGGACCAGACCAAGGCCGGCAACGUGUGGUCCCUGGGUGUGACCAUCUGGGAGCUCUUCGAGCUGGGCGUGCAGCCCUACCCCCAGCACUCGGACCGGCAGGUGCUGGCCUACGCCAUCCGGGAGCAGCAGCUCAAGCUGCCCAAGCCCCAGCUGCAGCUGACCCUGUCGGACCGCUGGUACGAGGUGAUGCAGUUCUGCUGGCUGCAGCCGGAGCAGCGGCCCACAGCGGAGGAGGUGCACCUGCUGCUGUCCUACCUGUGCGCCAAGGGCGCCACCGAGGCGGAGGAGGAGUUUGAGCGGCGCUGGCGCUCGCUGCGGCCCGGUGGGGGCGGCCCUGGUUCGGGGGUGGCGGGCCCCGCGGCGGAGCUCAUCUCCGCCUCGUCCUUCCCGCUGCUGGAGCAGUUCGCGGGCGAUGGCUUCCACGCGGACGGCGACGACGUGCUCACAGUGACCGAGACAAGCCGCGGCCUCAACUUUGAGUACAAGUGGGAGGCCGGCGGUGGCGCCGAGGCCUUCCCGCCGCUGCCGGGGGCCGCGCCCUGCCCGGGCCGCGCCGCGUGCCUGCAGGAGCUCUGCGCCCCCGACGGCGCGCCCCCUGGCGUGGUGCCCGUACUCAGUGCGCACAGCCCGUCGGUGGGCAGCGAGUACUUCAUCCGCCUGGAGGAGGCCGUGCCUGCCGCAGGCCACGACCCCGACUGUGCCGGCUGCACUCCCGGCCCCCCUGCCACCGACCAGGACGACGACUCGGAUGGCAGUGCCGCUGCCUCCCUGGCAAUGGAACCGCUGCUGGGCCACACGCCACAGGCUGACGGCCCCUGGGGUGGACGCGACCCCCACCCACGCAGGGGCCUCGGCAGGGACCCGUUCUGCCGCUCGCCCUCACCAGGGCCCCUGAUGCCCACGGAGUGCGGAGCCCAGAACGCAGAUUGGGGCGUGACCCCCUUCUGCCCGCCCCUGUUCAAGGACCCGCUGGGCGCAUCCCCCUCGGGGAGCUCGGGGGCCCGGCCAUCACUGGGUGAGGAGCUGGGGGAGGCUGGAGCGCCAAUGGCCGCCCAGCAGACACGCUGGAGCUCCAAUGUGUCGGCCAACAACAACAGCGGCAGCCGCGAUCCAGAGUCUUGGGACCCCGGCUACGGGGGCAGCUACAUGGACAACGGCCCCAGCCCGAAGCAGACCCCUGGGGCCUCCCCUGAGCGGGGCCACCCCCUGGCACAGGAGGGCCCCAGAGAGCCUCUGCUUGGGCUGCAGGCAGCCUCCCCUGGCCAGGAGCCAGGCUGCUGUCCCGACCUCCCCCAUCUGUGCCCUGCCCAGGGCCUGGCACCGGCUGUCUCCCUGGUCACACCCCCCUGGACAGAGGCAGCCGUUGGCGGGGGUGACCCCCAGGCAGAGCCCAAGCUUGCUGUGGAGGCUGAGGGCUCUGCUGGGCCCCUUCCCUCCCUCCCCUCCCCUUCCCAGCAGGGAGCCCUGCUUCCCUCAGAGGCGGCCGGUGCCCCUGACGUCCUGCCUGACUCGCCCACCGAGCCGGCUCAGGCUGCUGACAACGGUCGCAGCUGCUGCCACGAAGUGCAGGUGGCCAGCAGUGAGGACGAGGACACAACCGAGACCACUUCAGGCGUCUUCACCGACUUGUCCAGCGACGGUCUGCGCUCUGAGAAGCCGGACGUAGCGCCCGCCUUGCGCUCUCUGCAGAAGCAGGUCGGGACCCCCGACUCCCUGGACUCGCUGGACAUCCCGUUCUCAGCCAGUGAUGGUGGCGGUGAGGUCUCCAGCCCAUCAGCUACCGGCACCCCCAGCGGGCAGCCCCGAGCCCUGGACAGCGGCUAUGACACGGAGAACUACGAGUCCCCCGAGUUUGUGCUCAAGGAGGCGCACGAGUGCGAGCCUGAGGCCUUCGGGGAGCUGGCCCCGGAGGGCGAGAGCCCCGGGCCCGAGACUCGGCUCUCGGCUUCCCUCGCUGGCCUCAGCGAGAAGAACCCCUAUCGAGACUCGGCCUACUUCUCAGACCUGGAUGCCGAGUCCGAGCCCCCCACGGGCCCGAGGGAGAAGUGCAGUGGGGUCCAGGCCCCCGGGCCAGAGCCAGGCCUGAAAAGCCCGCAGAGCCCUGGGCAGCGGUCUGUGCCUGGGCCUGGGGUGCCCGGGGAGGCCCAGGGCGCUGGCCUCAGGGAGGCGCUGCCACCAUCGCUCUCGCUGGACAGGUCUUCCCCAGAGCCAAGCGCCAGCCCCAGGCCAGAGCCUCCUGAGUCCCCAGGCCCAGCCAAGGUGCCGCCUGUGCCCGAGCCCAGCAGCUCCAAGCUUGUCCUGCUGACCCCAGUGCCACCAAGCUCAGAAGGUGACAGCUCUGGGCUCCAAGGGACCCCAGGACUGUUGUCAGGGCUGGCCCCGCAGGAUCGGACAGGGGGUGUGGGUGCCCCCCGAACCCCGCUCUGCCUGGCUCUGCCCGGCCUCCCUGCAGCCUUGGAGGGCCGGCUGGAGGAGGAGGAGGAGGACAGUGAGGACAGCGACGAGUCGGACGAGGAGCUCCGCUGCUACAGCAUCCAGGAGCCCAGCGAGGAGAGCGAGGAGGAGGUGCCGGCGGUGCCCGUGGUGGUGGCCGAGAGCCAGAGCGCGCGCAACCUGCGCGGCCUGCUGAAGAUGCCCAGCCUGCUGUCCGAGGCCUUCUGCGAGGACCUGGACCGCAAGAAGAAAGCCGUGUCCUUCUUCGACGACGUCACCGUCUACCUCUUCGACCAGGAAAGCCCCACUCGGGAGCUCGGGGAGCCCUUCCCUGGUGCCAAGGAUUCGCCGCCCGCGUUCCUGGCGGGCAGCCCCGGCUCCCCCAUUGCCCCGGGCCGGCCGGGGCAGGAGGACUCGACCCGCGGAGGCUCCGCCGUGGAGGAUGGCGGUGCGUUCGAGUGGGACGACGACCUCCCGUCGAUGCCAGUCAAGGCGGCCUUCGCGAUGGCCCCCACCCCGGCCACACCCGCAUCGCGCUUCACCGUGUCGCCCGCGCCCGCGUCGCGUUUCUCCAUCACGCAUGUGUCCGACUGCGACGCCGACUCCACGGGAGGCUCUGCCGCGAGUGCAGAGAGUGGGAGUAAAGACGCUUGAGACCCACGAAGCUCCCACCCAUUGGGAGCUGGUGUCACCGGAGCGCCUGCCAGGCAGCAGCGAGGAUGGUGACCGGGAGUGAGUGUGGACGUGGUCCUGGUGGCUGUCAGCAGAUUCCGGUGCCUCCGUGGUCCCCGCAGCACCCUGCAGAAGCACUGGACAAGAGGCCCCUCUCUGGGGUGGUGGAUUGGCCAUGCCCCCCAGCCCCGUGCUGCCCUGGGGCCAGAAUUUAUCCUGGACGCUGGGUUUGCUGCUAGCCCUAGGGUGGGGCAUCUGUACACGCACGCACAUACACACACUCGAGAGGGCCUGCACCUCUGGGUCCUGCAGCUGCUGGACACUCGGCCUCUGAGGCCAGGGGACCUGCUCUUAGCCACCGGGAGCACAUUCCCUGUCCGGCUGGCUCCUUCGGUGUUCACAGGACACUUGUGCCCUUGGGCCAGCGAGGCAGAGGCCCCCGAGACAGCAGCAGGCUGCAAGCCUCUCUUGCCCCCGGCCCCCUCCUCCUGGCCCGCCUGGUUCUGGGUUUUGCUCAGCACAAGGAGAGGACCGUGGCUUUCUGACUCUGCUGCCCUCGUCUCAGUCUGUGGCUGUCCCCCUUGGCCGACUCAGCUAGACUGUAGCCCGCUGUGCCACGGGCCGGGGCCGCUCCCACCUGGGUCCCCCUGCUGGAACCUGGGGUGGGUGGCCAGAGACAUGGGGGAAGAGGGGUUACAGGCCACACCCCUGCCACAUGGGCCCCGUUCUAGAGUGCCCUCGGCGGGGUGGCGGGGGUGGCUCCUGUCUGCAGGGUGCUGCCUGGCCCAGUGCCUCAGCUGCCAAAGGAAGGCGGGAGCCGCAGCCCGACGUCAGGUGGGGGCUCCUGCCUGCAGGGACGGGGACGUGGUGUGGCAGCGCAGGGAAUAUUUUUGUAACUGCUGUUGCUGGAGCGAGUGGAAGCCGGGUGAGCUUAAGUUAUUGUUGCCAAAGAGAUGUAAAGUUUCUCAUUGCUUUGGGGGCACUUUGUUUUUGGUUUGUGUUUUUUGUUUUUUAU